AUGCAUCUCGCAAGCAGCAGGACAGAAGCUACAAGAGCUAAACAGGGCUUCAAACUAUCCGCGAAGAGACACGAAAAGACGGUGACAACAGGAACCCAUAAGAACCCCCCCCCCUUUCACUUCGAGAUGGCUUCCAUUAUGUGGCUGACUUGGCUUGCACCGUGGCUUGCACUGGCCUGUGGCAAAGAGACGUUUUUCGACAUCAGGACUUCGAUCUCCAGCUGCGGGGAUUUCGAUUGGUGCGAUGCCACGAGGGGUUUAGAGGAGCGUGUGGAGUUGCUGGUGAAGGAGAUGACGCCGGAGGAAAAGAUCCUGCAGCUUAGCAACGACCUCUUCGGCGGGGUGCCAGCCAUCGAACGGCUCGGCUUGGAGUCCUACAACUACAUCCGCGAAGCGGCGCACGGCGUACUGUUGCGGGACGGGAAGCCAGAAGCCACCAGCUUCCCGCAGGUGGUGUCCAUGGCCGCCUCCUUCAACCGGAGCCUCUUCCGCGCGGUGGGGCAGGCGGUCGGCCGCGAGGCCCGCUUCAUGCAGGAGAUUGGCGUGACGUGGGGCCGGUACAAGGGCCGCUACGGCGGCUUGGUGCUGCAGUUCAAUGUGAACCUCUUCCGCGACCCCCGGUGGGGUCGGGGACAAGAGACGCCCGGCGAGUGCCCCAAGCUCACUGCGGCCUUUGCGGAGGAGUAUGUCAAGGGCAUUCAGCACCGCGCAGAUGGGGGCUGGCCGCAGGCAGCAGCAUCCUGCAAGCACUACGCAGCUUACUCUUUUGAAGGAGGACCGACAAAGCUGAACACUUCGUCGUCUAUGCGACAUCUUUUGCCCGGGCAGUCCAACCUCAGCCGUCACAAUGAGGAUGCUCACGCAAGGGACUUUGCAGAGUCCUAUGCCAAGCCAUGGGAGGCGUGUGCCAAGGCUGAGGCAAUGGGGGUGAUGUGCGCCUACAACCAGGUGAAUGGAGUGCCGUCCUGUGGCGACAAAAGCCUUCUGCGCAAGUUGCUGCGGGACACCUGGGGCUUCCAAGGUGUGGUGGUCACAGACUGCGACUCGAUUUCCGACAUGUACGCCUUGCAGAAGUACAAGUCAACGCCCGCGGCCACGAUCGAGGCAGCCUUGGAUGCGGGAACGGACGUGUCUUGCAGCCCAGGCUUCUUCAAGCGGUAUGCCGAACCAGGUGGUGCCAUGGAUGCAUUGCUCACGACUGCUGUGAAGGAUGCCUUGCGUGUACGCUUUCGCCUGGGCGAGUUCGACCCGAAGCCCAGGUGGAAUCCAACAUGGAGCGAGGUUUCAGCAGGGCACAAAGAGAUGGCUCUCGAUGCAGCUCUGCAGAGCACUGUGCUGCUCAAGAACGACGGCAGGCUGCCAUUGCAGAAGGGUCUGCGCUUGGCACUGCUUGGGCCCCUGCGCAAUGCUACAAAGCGCUUGUUGGGGAACUACGAGGCCUGGCCGGUGCAGGUGACGUCGCCUCUUGAGGGCCUAAAGAAGGUGGCGGAGGUGGUGACCCCGGGGGAGGAGAUGGGCCUUUGCGGCACAAGCCCGCAGGUCGAAAAGCCGGACGUGGAUGCGGUAGUUGUGGUGGGUGGACUCACGGGGGAGGAUGACGAGGUUCAAGAUCCGGACAUGCGCCCGGUGUACUCGAAGCUCUGCGCCGAGGGCUGCUUGGAAGGCGAGGGCUGCGACCGUCCGCACCUCCGCCUGGCAAAAGGCCAGCAAAGCCUGCUGGAGACCGCCGCCUCCUGGGGUCUUCCUGUGGUGCUGGUCCUCAUCAGCGGCGGUCCGCUGGACUUGGCACAUGUGAAGGACAUGCCAAACUUGGCCGGCAUUCUGUGGAUGGGCUACCCAGGGCAGGAGGGCGGAACAGCCCUGGCACAGUUGCUGGUGGGCGAGCGAUCGCCCAGUGGGCGACUGCCACAGACCUUCUACCGUGACGAGUAUUUGGAGCACCUUCCCAUGAAUGACUACAGAUUCCCGGCCCAGCCAUCCGCGAAGUACCCUGGACGUGGGUAUCGCUUUGUGGAGGAUCAGUGGGUCGUCUACCCCUUCGGCUUUGGCUUGUCCUACGACAGCUUCAAGUACACCUGGGAGGACAUAAGCCAAUGCCAGCUGAAGCUGCGCCUUGAUCGAACGGCCUUCCGUGAUACGCCUGGGGCUCUUUCGGUGUUGUUCUUUCUCCGUCCCCCGGAAGAUGUGCUCCGCAAGCGCUUGGUCGGCUUCGAGCGCGUGAACUUUGCGGAAAGCCAAAGCGCCUUGGUCUCGCUCACGCUGACAUUGAAGGACUUCGAGCUUUACGAAGCAGAGCAGAAUCAUCAAAGGGUCUUGGAGGGCGAGUGGGUUCUGGAGGUGAAUUCCCCGGCAGAGUUGACCCACACCCUGCGAGUCACGUCGAAUGGCUGCGAACAGAGGGCCCUCUAUCCGUGA